AUGUCAACCAAUAAACCAACGAGAACUCAUUUGAUACUCCUCCUUCAUGGUCUAUACGGUUCACCUGACAACUUGACCGUUUGCGCUCAAGAAUUGAACAAAGCAACUUCAAAAUCAUCUUUACAAGUCAAAGUCUUAGUGGCGAAGAGUUAUAUGGGUAGUCAUACUUGGGAUGGAAUCGAUAUAAAUGCUAGGAGGGUAUACAAAGAGCUACACGCUCAUAUAGAUUUACUAAAGAAGGAGAACCAAGAAGUCACAGCUUUUUCAAUAAUGGGAUAUAGUUUAGGAGGAUGUAUAGCUAGGUAUUUAUUAGGGUUAUUAGCUAUGGAUCCUGGUUUUUUCAAGAGACAUGAACCAGUGGGAUUUUCAACAUUUGCUAGUCCUUAUCUAGGUGUAUUGAAGUAUAGAACAAGAAUGAACACUUUCGUUCAUUCCAUCGGUCGUAGGGUUUUGUCAAGAACGGGACAACAAUUGUAUAUGUUGGAUAAAGAUCAUGGAAGACCUUUAUUAUCUGUUCUUGCUGAUCCGGACCUAAUCUUCUUGCAAACGUUGAAACGUUUCCCUCGAAUAUUGGUAAUUGCCAACGGAUGCCAUGACCUGACCGUUCCUUAUCCAACAGCCACUUUCUCCCUUUCUGACCCUUUCGUAGACUACGCGACCAAUGGUCUUAUGGUAGAGACCGAUCCGGAUCAUGUGGUGACUUCUUUCCGACUCCCCGGUCGGUCAAGCACAUCCAUGUAUGAUAAGCAUAAUUCUUCCUUCAAUUUGAAGAACGAGAAACUCUCGAAUGAUGAUUCUCGACCUAGUGAUGGUGGUACUCAAGUGAACAGAAGAGUGAUGGAGGAAAACAAUGAAGAAGAGGAGGACCAUGAAGAAGAUGAAGUUGAGGAUUUACUAGGUUUGACAACACAAACUCGGGUUGUGGAACAAGUACGAAAAAGACAUUUCAUUCCACCUGUUUUCGUAUUACCUUAUCCAUUCCCUUUUUCCCAUUUACCGUUAUUGAUAGCACCUAUUUGGUUCUUAUUUGCCAUCAUUGUCGCACUUUCCGCAUUGGUGUUGAUAGCUAUUCAAUCAUUUGCAGACUCAGAAUCAUCAUCAAGAAGUACCUCACCUCUUUAUACAGAAUCACCAGACUCAGAACAUUCAUCACUCGUUCCUCUUCUCUUGACUGAAGAACAGAAGGUUAUCGUUAGGAAUUUGAAUGGGGAAUUGCCACAAGUUCAAAAAGUCGUAGCUUGGUUUCCGUAUGCUUUUAAUAGUCACGCUAUGUUGAUUGUCCGAAGCGGGGCGCGCUUCCCGUGGCAAGAAGAUGCACGCGGUUUAGUUCGUCGUUGGGCCGAAUGGAUGAUCGAUGGACCUUCGACCAUCUGA